ACUUGGGGACCAUGGAGACCCAGAGGGACAGCCCCUCCCUGGAGCGGUGGUCACUGUUGCUACUGCUGCUGGGCCUGGUGAUCACUCCGGCCACCUCCCGGACCCUUAGCUACAGGGAGGCUGUGCUCCAUGUUGUGGAUAGCUUAAACCAGCGGUCCUCGGAGGCGAAUCUCUACCGUCUCCUGCAGCUGGACUCACAGCUUCAGGGAGACGAGAACCCAAACAUCCCAAAGCCUGUGAGCUUCACCGUGAAGGAGACUGUGUGUCCCAAGACGACACAGCAGCCCCUGGAGCAGUGUGAUUUCAAGGACAAUGGGCUGGUGAAACACUGUGAUGGGACAGUCAUCCUGGACUCAGACAGGGACUACUUUGACAUCAGCUGUGAUGAGAUCAUGGGAGUCAAGAGAUUUGGCCAGCUGCGUAAUCUCAUCAGGAGAGGGCGGCAGAAGAUUGGCAGAAAGAUUCAGAGAAUUGGCAGGCAAAUCAAGAAUAUUUUAAAGAAUCUUCGGCCCAGGCAAGUGUCCUAAGGGUCUGCUUUGCCCUGGCUCAGGCUUCUGGACCCUGAACAAUAAAUUUUUGUGAAAGCAA